AUUUCUAAACCAAUUUGAAUUCAAUUUCCUCCCUUCUCUCUCUGUUCCAUAUCUUCAAACUCCUUCCCAUUUCCUAUAUUUACACCUCUUUGAACUCAAAUUCCUCUCUUCUUUCCAUCACUACCAAAAACAGAAAACAUGGUUGAUUCACUGGUCUCGCUUGCCAAAGAAAAAUUGACCAAAGUUCUUGAAGAUGAGGCGGUUUUGUUGGUGGGUGUCACCAACGAAAUCGAAAACCUUUCCAUUACGUUCAACUUGCUCCAAGCUGUGCUUAAAGAUGCUGAAACUCAGCGAGUGAAGAACGAAGCUGUGAAGAAGUGGUUGGAGAAUCUCAAAGACGUGGCCUACGAUGUGGAUGACAUACUGGAUGAGUGGACGACAGAUGCUCUCAGACCACAGGCUCCAGAUGAAGGUGAUGGCUCCUGUUUCAGCUUCCUUGUUACUUGCUACCUCUCCUGUGUUACUUUCUUCAAUCAUGUCGCGUUACGCCACAAAAUUGGGAGUAGGAUAAAGGAGGUGAAGGGUAGAUUAGAUGUUAUCGAAAAAGCUAAGAACCAAUUGGGUCUUAAAGUAGAUAGUGAGAAGAUGGAAAGGGUGAAUGGUGAAGUGAGGCCGGCCGAGAUCAGUGAGCGAGAGACAGCAUCCCUACUCGACCGACCGUCAGUUUUUGGCAGAGAAGAUGAUAAAAAUAGAGUCGUAGACUUGUUACUGGGGGAGAGUAGUGGAGAGGUGAAUGAGGUGCCCUUCGUCGUCAUUUCUAUCGUUGGAAUGGGGGGGUUGGGGAAGACCACCCUUGCUCAGCUCGCCUACAACGAUGAGAAAGUCAUGGGGCAUUUCCAGAUGAGAAUGUGGGUAUGUGUUUCUGAAGAUUUCGAUGUGAAACGAAUUACGAAAUCAAUCAUCCAGUCUGCAACAAAGACUGGUUGCGAGUCAUUAGACUUGGAUCAGUUGCAAUGCCGCCUUCGUGAAAUGUUGCAUGCAAAGCGAUUCUUGCUUGUGCUUGAUGACAUUUGGAGUGAAGAACCUGACAAGUGGGACAGACUGAAACCUCCCUUCCAAGCUGGUGCACCAGGGAGCAGAAUCAUUGUAACAACUCGCAGUGAAAAUGUUGCAUUCGCGAUGGGAAGGGGUCUCAUGCACAAACUGGCAGUCUUAUCUGAUGAUGAUUGCUGGUUAGUAUUCUGGCACAGAGCGCUUGAGCAUCGGAGUGCCGAAGAGCGUUCAAAGUUGGAAGAUAUUGGAAGGGAAAUCGUAAACAAGUGUGGAGGGCUCCCUCUCGCUGCGAAGACAAUAGGGAGUGCCAUGGGGUCGAGAAGGACGAUACUUGACUGGAAGCUUGUCUUGGAAAGCGACAUAUGGAAUUCACAUGAUGUCUUAAAAGACGUUUUACCAGCUUUGUUACUCAGCUACCAUGACUUGCCUCCUGCUUUGAAGCAAUGCUUUGCUUAUUUCUCCAUCUUCCCGAAAGAUUGGGAGAUAAAGAAGGAUAUGACAGUGAAGUUAUGGGUGGCACAAGGUUUCAUCCCCUCCAACGGCAGUAGAGAUAUGGAAGAAACUGGGAGUCAGUAUUUUGAUGAUUUACUAGGACGCUCGUUGCUUCAAGAUGCAGAGUUGGACGAUGACAAGAACAUAGUCAAGUGCAAGAUGCAUGAUUUAGUUCAUGAUCUUGCAAAAUCCGUUGCAGGAAGUGAAUGUUCACUGGUGGAUAUCAGAGAACAAGCCUCGCUGAACCCAAGCAAUCUCCGCCAUUCUUUUUUAUAUGGCAGUUUUGUAGUUUGGCCCACCUUGUAUAAGGCUAACAAGUUGCGGACGUUGCUAUGCGACUCAAGAAUCUACAUGCCUAGGGUGCCGAACAAUUUAUUUAAUCAUUUCAGACACCUUAGGGCAUUGGACUUGAGUCACACUAGCAUUCAGAAAUUGCCUGGAACAGUAGGAAAAUUGAAGCAGUUGAGAUAUCUUGAUUUAUCUUGGACAGCGAUAGAGGAGUUGCCUGAGGAGGUGAGUAAUUGUGUAAAUUUACAGACCUUGAAACUGGAUUACUGUCUUCAGCUAAAAAAACUUCCGAAAGGGUUGGGAAAAAUGAUUAACCUGCGACAUCUAGGAUUAGAAGGCACUGACGAGCUGAAGUACUUACCGCAGGGCAUAGGGAGGCUAAGUAGCCUUCGGACGAUAACAAAGUUGAUAGUGGAGGGUGGCAUCGAAGGAUGUAAAUGGGGAGAAGUGAAACAACUGAUCAAUCAUCUUCAUCUUCAAGGAAGACUCCAAAUUAUUGGGUUGGAAAAAGUCAAGAGCAGGGACGAAGCUAGGGAGGCAGAACUGUAUAAGCAGCAGGAUAUUUAUGCUCUAUCCUAUGAAUACAGAGGUUAUGAAGCGUUGGAUGAUGAUGAGGUGAAGAGAAUGGAGGACGUGCUUGAAAUCCUGAAGCCCCAUACAAACUUGAAAGAGCUGGCAAUAAGGAGUUACAAAGGUUGGAAGCUUCCCAAGUGGAUAGAGGAUCCAGUGUUCUCCAAUCUAGUGAAGGUGAUCCUCUCGUCUUGUAAACAAUUGCCGGGUCUUGGUAAACUACCUUCCCUUAAAUACCUUUAUAUUAGGGCAAUGGAAGAGCUGAGAAAGGUGGGUGGUGAGUUUAGUGGGGAUGAUAAUAACGAUGGAAGUGGUGGUGUCGUGUCAUUCCCAAAGCUCGAGACCCUCUCCUUCGGAAACAUGUCAAACUGGGAGGAGUGGGAAUUGAUAGGAGAUGGAGAGGUUAUGCCAUCACUCCUCCUAUUAGAAAUAAAAGAUUGUCCAAAGCUGAAGGAGUUGCCCGGUAAUCUUCCACCCCGCCUCCGGAAGCUGAUUUUAACGAUAGGUAAUGAUGGGUUGGAAUCGGGUGGGCCCUUACCCAUCCUCCCCAACCUUAACCAUCUGGUGAUUUGGGGAAGUGAUGAGAUGACAUCGUUCCCUUGUGGUUGGUUGGGGCAACUCAAAGCCCUCCAAAAUCUGGAGAUCGUGUUUUGUUUAAAUUUAAGGUCUCUACCAGAGGAGUUGCAACACCUCAGCAUGCUUCAACAAUUGAAGAUACAGUUCUGUCCACUCUUAAAAGAGCGCUGUCGAGAAGGAGGAGAAGAUCGGUACAAGAUUGCCCACAUCCCCAAUAUCAUAAUUACUUGA